AUGCCGGGCUUACCUGCUAGUGUCGACUUGGAUGAGUGUAUAGAGCGCCUCUAUAAGAAGGAGCUGCUGGCAGACUCUGUCAUUGAAGCAAUCUGCGCGAAAACAAAAGAACUGCUCAUGAAAGAAAGUAACGUCAUACAUAUCUCGGCACCAGUCACAGUUGUUGGAGACAUCCAUGGACAAUUUUUUGAUCUGAAAGAGAUUUUUAGGAUUGGCGGCUUCUGUCCUGAUACAAAUUACCUAUUUCUGGGAGACUAUGUUGACAGAGGAUUGUUUUCAAUUGAAACAAUCUCUCUGCUGGUGUGUUUGAAGCUUCGGCAUCCUUCUCGGGUGCAUCUCAUACGAGGAAAUCAUGAAUCAAGAGGUGUGACGCAAUCGUAUGGCUUUUAUACAGAAUGCAACAGAAAAUACGGCAACGCAAACGUUUGGCACUACUUCACAGACAUGUUCGACUUCCUCACCUUAAGCGUUGUCAUCAACAACGACAUCUUUUGUGUUCACGGAGGUCUGAGCCCAAGCAUUCAUAGCAUAGAUCAGAUCAAGAUCAUUGAUCGCUUUCGGGAGAUUCCACACGAGGGACCAAUGGCGGAUUUGGUAUGGAGUGACCCGGAUCCAGAAAGAGACGAGUUCAGCCUCAGUCCUAGAGGGGCAGGUUACACCUUUGGUGCACAGGUGGUGAAGAAAUUCCUAGAUGUUAACUCCAUGACACAUAUAUUGAGAGCACAUCAGCUCUGUCAAGAAGGGUAUCAAAUACUUUACGACGAUAGGCUCAGCACUGUUUGGAGCGCACCUAAUUACUGCUAUCGCUGCGGCAAUAUGGCGAGUGUUCUAGAAGUCAGCGAUUCGGGCGAGAGAUUCUUCAAUGUGUUUGAGGCAUCACCUGAAAACGAUGAGGCAAGAGGAGAACAGCAAAGUACCAACAACCAGGGCCAAAACGGACAAGGCGUCGUUGUAGAGUAUUUCUUGUGA